AUGGCGGCGGAAAAUGGAACCAAGCCUGAACAGGCUGUGAACAACGAGAACUCCACCCCAGACGGCACAGAGGCUCAGAACAAGAAUGAACAGAUUACUGUCUUCCAUGACCCCGUCAAUUUCAACGUUAAACAUCCUCUCAUGAACGAAUGGACUCUGUGGUUCACAAAACCUCCAAGUGGCAAGGGAGACAACUGGAAUGACCUGCUCAAAGAAGUUGUUACCUUCAACUCAGUCGAAGAAUUCUGGGGAAUUUAUAAUAAUAUCGCACCCACCUCUCAACUCAGCUUCAAAUCAGAUUACCAUCUAUUCAAAAAGGGUAUCAGGCCAGAAUGGGAAGAUCAACAGAACAAGCACGGCGGCAAAUGGUCGUAUUCGUUUAAAUUCACCAAGGACAGAAACCAAGUCCCGAUCGAUGAACUCUGGCUCCAUGCUCAACUUACAGUAAUUGGUGAUACUCUUGAAAAUGAUGGUGACAACGAAGUCAUGGGUGUCGUGGUUAACGUGCGCAAGUCCUUUUACAGAAUCGGUCUAUGGACUAGAACAGUUGGAAAGGCCACUAUGGAUGGGCGCACGCAAGAGCAAGGACAGAAGAUUCUCCUAGCUAUCGGUAAACGGUUCAAGGAGGUUCUCAAGUUGAAGGACAAUGAGCUCCUGGAGUUCUCUGGUCAUACCGAGAGUGCCAAUUCAGGAAGCACCCGUGCUAAAGCCAAGUAUACGGUCUGA